AUUUCUCUCCUGCGCAAACCAAUCAUUCAGUCAACACUCGCUUGGCCCAAUCCCCCAACUCCUCAUGACCAACGUUCAUCAGCAAAUAUCUGCUCAAUUGCGGAGCAAAUCCCUCCCCGUCUCUACGUCCUGGCUCACCACCUUCGUGGCCUCCGCAUCCCUCCAGCGCAAUGUUCCUCUCUCGGCCCUGACGCAAACCGCUUUAUUUCGCGUCCUAGCCUCGGAUUUCAGAGAUUCCUUGACGACCAGCUCUCCCUCCUCCAUCCUUCCCGCCGACAUAUUCGACCCUACGGUGCAAGAAAGACGAAUCCAAGGCCCAAUUCCCGUGCAGGUCCUGGAUAUCGAAGAUAUCGGCUCGAGUCUAUGGAGCCAAGUCGAGGCCAUCGAGCGCGUCGAACGCGGAGAAGCUAUACGGGGGCGCGAGAUCGUGCGGACGGUGAAUGUGGGUGAGGACAGAGGAGAGGGUGCAGACGGCGCGAACGGCACCGCGGGGUCGACCGAGUCGGGGAACAGCAAUGGUCCGCAUCGACUGAUUGUUCAAGACGCGGCGGGGACAAAAGCCGUCGCGGUGGAAUUGAGGCAGGUUCAUGGUGUUGGCCUGGGGAAGCUCCCGAUCGGAGCGAAGUUGCUUCUGCGUAAUGCGACGGUGGCACGAGGCAUGGUGUUGUUGACGCCCGAGUGUGUGACUAUACUAGGAGGGAAGAUCGACGCGAUGGAUCAGAUUUGGAGGGAUGGCAGGAAGGAGAGACUAUUGGAAAGGAUUACAGCAACAGGAGAGCAGACGCAAUGAAGCUGAAAUGGUCCGAGUGAGUGAAGGUCCUGGAAAGUC